AUGAACCUACGCACUUCAAGCCUUACGUACUUAGGUGUUGUGUUUUUGAGUCUUGCUGUUCCGGAACAAGGAAUCGCUGACGGUUCGAAUAACCUUCCAGUUUUAGUCUAUUCAAAGGACGACUUCAUCGUGCGUUACAAAGGACAGAAUCUUAGUCUGAGAGAUAUUUUCCGUCGUCAGAAUGUUACUCCCCCGGAAGGAAAGUCGUUUUUCUAUGAGGUUAAAAGACAGAAGACUUCGAAACACCAGUCAUGCAAAGGCAGAUGUUUCAGCGAAGAAAGGAAAAAGGACAUGACCUGUUACUGUGACAACGCAUGCAAAAUGUUUGGUGACUGUUGCCUGAAUUUUUACUCGAGCUGCAUUCAGAGUAGUAGUAAUGCACUACUUCAGGAUAAGGAAUGUGGAGAUGUCAACAGCUAUUUAUGGUCCGGGGUAAUCAUGCGAUCUACUUGCAGUUCGCACGAAAAUCAGAGCACCAAAGACUGCCAUACCCUGACUGUCCAACAGUUAAAUAUGACUUUACAAAAAGAACUCGCUGUCUCUGCCAAAAAUGUAACAUAUAGAAGCAUCGCUUGUGCCAAAUGUAAUUAUGAAGAAAAUGCAAGUUUCUGGGCUUUAAGUAUUUCGUGCAAAAGUACCACAGGAAAUCCACCUGCUCCGAACAUCACUGCUUUGACGAAGUUUUUGAAGGAGCACGAAGAUUGUUCCUGGAAAUACGCACCAACUCACAACCUUACAGGCCAUUAUAGAAGUUGUGUGGUAAAGGAUGCACGCUGCGCUUCGAACAAGUCAAACAUCUUGCCUAUUGUUCGAGAAUUGUGUGCUUUGUAUUCCAUGGUCUUCACAGUUGAUGGUAAAAGAAGCUACAGGAAUCCUCACUGUGCUUUGUGUAAUCAAGAGGGAUGGCUAAUUCCUCAGCAAACUAACUCACCUGGGAUAUCGAGUGUAGGCCCACCCUACACACCUCCAUUACGAAUCCUUCUUGAUGUGAGCCCAAACGUAAAAUUCACAACCGAAUCGGGAGAGAAAUCACAACCUACGAUCAAUACUGAAGCUCCGCGAUUUCAAGUUUUCAACAUGUCUUCGCAAGUGCUUAACUGUACAUCAACUGGCAUCAACAACUGCACUUGCCAAGCUUUGAUUCUAGCAAAUAAUCAAUCAAGUCGGGCAAGCUUGUCGUCAAACAAAACCCUUGUGACAUUGACAUCAAGUCGGAUUUCAUAUGACGACGAUUUCAUAAGAUUGCAGGGAAACGAUGUUUCUAAUUUGUGCCCAACAGCCCAGCCUGGACCAUUAGAUGCACUCACGAAAUAUGAAAAUGACAGUUUAGUGCUGGUUCACAUCACCUUUGCCGCUAUGAUUUUGUCCAUCGUCUCGCUGUGUUUUCUUCUCGCUGUUUACCUGUCUUUUAAAGAACUGAGAAAUCUGCCCGGGAGAUGUGUGAUCAAUCUCUCCGGAGCGUUAUUGUGUUAUCAAGCAUUUUUCCUCAGCGCAAAGAAGUCAACAGAAGUCCCUAUCCUCUGUCAAGCAGUGGCCAUUUUAAUUCAUUUCUUCGCUCUUUCCGCAUUUUCAUGGAUGGCCGUUAUGGCCUUUGAUACAGCAAGUACCUUUACUCCAACAGUGGCUGACACAAGUAGGCAACCAUCAGACACCAGAAAGAUCUUCAUCAAGUAUUGCAUUCUGGGAUGGGGACUUCCUGCUGUAAUCGUUGGAUUUUGCAUCGUGUUGGACCUCACUGGAACUUUCCAUGUCGGAUACGGAUACGGAAAUUUGCUCUUCUGUUGGAUAUCAGAUAGUACAGCCCUAACUGUUGUCAUGGUAACGCCUGUAAGCGCUGCUUUGAUCUUCAAUGUAAUCUGCUUCGCAAAAAGCGCGUAUGCCAUUCGUCAUUUACAACAGGCUGCCGCCCUUGCAGCAUCUAACAGCUCUAAAGCUUCUCUGACUUUCAUCUGCAUCAAACUGACCACAGUCAUGGGUUUGACCUGGAUUCUGCAGCUUGCUGCUAAUUGGAGACACACAGAGUUCUUACAAUAUCCCUCCGCUGUAUUGAACAGCAUGCAAGGGUUAUUCAUCACUUCGUGUUUUGUUACCACUAAGAAGGUGCGUGGUCUCUUCAAAGAGAGAUUCUCUAAUCGAAGAAGUCGUUCAGUUGAACCCCAAACAAACUCUGCUCGUGACCAACCUACUCUGGGAAUCACUGAUGUUGAAAGAGCUGAAGGUUCUACUAUCGUUCUCAGGGAACAAGGGAGAACAAGUUCUUAAAGAAGAUAAAUCUCUUUUUAUGCACAUGGAAUAGAAUGAGACUUUCGGCCUUUCCAUUAAAGCUGUAAAAUAGUGCGUGUGAAAACGAACACAGAUUAUUAUGGGAUAAUUUGGUAUUAUCAACAGAGUUAAUUACGUAAAUUGGCUAUCGUAAAGAGUUUCAAA